GCCCUUCGGGGUCUUGUGCUUCGUGUGGGGUGCCCUGGCAGCGGUGGCGACGGCAGGAACGGAGACCGCGCGGGGUUCCAGAGCGCAGCAUCGCCGUCCUGGUCGUGGGUGAUUACCUGAAACUAUUUGAGAUUAAGAACAGCAUAGUGUUGGUGAUUAGAAAAAUCAAAGGGAUGGAGAUUGCAACCGACUGCAAGGCUGACCCCAGAGAGCUCGAAAAGCCUGCGUGGCUCCUCGCCCAGGAUGACGACGACUACCACGACUACGAAUACAUCGAUAGGGACGCCCUCAGGGUCCUGUUGGACAAAGACAGGGAGGAGACGCAGCGGAGCAUGGCUGCAGAGGAAGGUCGGCUCUCGAGGCACGACUCCGAGAACUCGCUCUACGAGGAGAUAAAGGCCCUCGAGGCGGCCAGGGAGAGCAGGGCGCUGGAAGAGCGAAGUCACACAGAACAACAAAGGGAACAACAAAAAUGCCAAGAGAGACGGGGGGUC